GUCCACUUCCUGACUGAGUAAGUGAAUAAAAGGCAACGUGCCUCCCUUCGUCUUUCACUUUUCCUGGUUGGCUGCCCGACUGACACAUCAGGAGAAAACUGCUGCAGCAGUCAAGAUGUUCCUGUGCUGCUGGCUGGUUCUGGGGGCUUUGAUCCCUCUGACUCUGAGCACCGAUCCCGGGGUGAAGGUCAAGCUAACUGCGAAAGGCCUUGAAUACGGCAGACAACUGGGGAUGGUUUCCAUCCAAGAGAAACUGAAAACCAUCCAAGUGCCAGAUUUUUCGGGGAAUCAGAGGGUGACUCCUAUUGGCAAGGUCAAGUACAGCCUGACGAAUUUGAAAAUAGUGGAUGUGGGACUGCCAACUUCCAGUGUAGCUCUGGUUCCAGGGACGGGUGUCAGACUGUCCAUCGGCAAAGCCUUCAUCCGUCUCCACGGAAACUGGAGGGUCAAGUUCCUCCGAAUAAUAAAGAACAGCGGCUCCUUCGACUUGAGCGUCAGCGAUCUCACCGUCGGUACCAGCAUCGCCGUCGAGAGCGACGAGACAGGCCGCCCCGCGGUCAACACGGUGGACUGCGCGGCCACCGUCGGCAGCGCCAACAUCAAGUUCCACGGCGGAGCCAGCUGGCUGUACAAUCUCUUUAGAAAGUUCAUCGACAAGGCGAUACGAAGGGCACUGGAGAGACAGAUCUGCCCCCUUGUGACCAAUGCAAUAUCCGAUUUGAACCCUCAGUUGAAAACUCUCAAUGUUCUAGCCAAGGUAGACAAGCACGCAGAGAUUGAAUACUCCAUGGUGUCAUCGCCUGCAGUGACAGCAUCUUCUUUAGAACUGGGCUUAAAGGGUGAAUUUUACAACAUCGGAAAGAAGCAGGAGCCUCCGUUCUCCGCCGCGGCCUUUAACCUGCCGCCCCAGGCAGACAGCAUGUUGUACAUCGGCUUGUCCGCCUUCACCGCCAACUCUGCGGCCUUCGUCUACAGCGCGGCAGGAGCCCUCAGCUUGUACGUCACCGAUGACAUGGUGCCGCCGGCCUCGCCCUUCCGACUCAACACCAACACGUUCGGCGUCUUCAUUCCGCAGAUCGCCCAGCGCUUCCUGGGUCUGACGAUGAAACUGCUGGUGAAGACGGUAAAACCCCCCGUCGUCACGUUUGAACCCAACAACACCAUGGUGAAGGCUUCUGGCACGGUCACGGCCUACGCCAUCCAUCCCAACAGCACGCUCUCCCCUCUCUUUGUCCUGAACUUGGAGAGCAGCGUCAGCGCACAGCCGUUUCUCAGUGAGAUGAGGGUGGCCGGAAGGGUCAGCCUGAACAACAUGGAUCUGACCGUUGGGACAAGCUACGUGGGCGAGUUUCAGGUCGGGCUCCUCAACAGCAUCUUCAGGAUGGUCCUCAGGGCAGUUGUGAUACCCGUACUUAACGUUCAACUUGCAAAGGGGUACCCGCUUCCCGCCAUCGGGAAGAUGCAACUUGUCAACACUCAGCUUCAAGUCCUGAAGGACUAUAUGCUGAUUGGGACAGAUGUUCAGUUCAAUAGUAUCCAUGGAGCCUCCCGGGGUUGAUUUCUGCCCUGGUGCCUGCCACCUCGAAGACACAAGUUCAACAGACACUGAAUGUUUGAAUGAAAAUUGAAUAAUGCAGAUAUCUGUCUUGCCUCAGAAAUAAAGAUAUUGUGUUUGGAA